GCGGAGGAGCAGCGGGCCCCCGGAGGGCUGGGGCAGGAGGAAGAGCUCGGGGCCGCUCCAGGCCGGAGGGGAGUGCCCUGCCCUGCCCUGCUCUGCCCCGCACCUCACGCACGCACGCAGUCCGAGGCCAGCAGAGGAUGUCAGCAUAUGUGUGCCAGUACCAUCCAUCCUUCACUGCAGCCAGAGGUUUGUCCUCAUCUUUCUCUCAUGAGUGCCAGGGGCGACGUUGCAGGUGGCCAUUCCAGGAGUCCCUGAUGAAUUCCAUUGUGAUUCUUUAAGGAGUCUUCACAAGAAGUCCCUAGGUUGCAGUUCCCUCGAGACGGGAAGGCUCGGACUUUCAAGAUGCUUAUAAAGGAAUAUCGCAUUCCUCUUCCGAUGAGCGUGGAGGAGUAUCGCAUCGCCCAGCUGUACAUGAUCCAGAAAAAGAGCCGAGAGGAGACGUGUGGCGAAGGCAGCGGGGUGGAGAUCCUGGAGAACCGGCCGUACACCGACGGGCCGGGGGGCGCUGGCCAGUACACGCACAAGGUGUACCAUAUUGGUAUGCACAUCCCCAGCUGGUUCCGCUCUAUCCUGCCCAAGGCGGCCCUGCGUGUGGAAGAGGAAUCCUGGAAUGCUUACCCCUACACCAGGACGAGGUAUACCUGCCCUUUUGUGGAGAAGUUCUCCAUUGACAUUGAAACUUUUUAUAAACCCGACGCAGGAGACAGUGCCAACGUGUUCAACCUCUCUCCUAUGGAAAAGAGACAGACCACACUGGAUCCCAUCGAUAUCGUCAAAGACCCCAUCCCUCCCAAUGAGUACAAGUUGGAGGAGGACCCUCGACUCUUUCGGUCAGUCAAGACGAAGAGGGGCCCGCUAUCCGAGGACUGGAUCGAGGAGUGCCUCCGCCACCCCAGCCACUUGCCCAUCAUGUGCGCGUAUAAGCUGUGUAAGGUGGAGUUUCGAUACUGGGGCAUGCAGUCCAAGAUCGAGAGGUUCAUUCAUGAUGUUGGUCUUCGGAAGGUGAUGGUGAGGGCCCAUCGACAGGCCUGGUGCUGGCAGGAUGAAUGGUACGGGCUGACCAUCGAGGACAUCCGGGAGCUAGAGAAAGAGGCGCAACUGAUGCUGUCCCGCAAGAUGGCCCAGUACAUGGACGGUGAAGGGCAUGGGCCCCAGGAACCCCCCAGCGAGGAGAAGGAAGAGGAUAAUGCCUUGAGGGAGGUCCCGGAGCCCCCCAGCAGCAACGGGGAGACCCUCAAGGGUAGAGGCCUAACAAAGCAGUGGUCCACAUCCUCCAAGUCUUCCCGGUCAUCCAAACGAGGAGGGAGCCCUUCUUGCCAAAGCAUCUCGGAGUGGAGAAUGCAGAGCAUAGCCAGAGACUCGGAUGACAGCUCAGAUGACGAAUUCUUCGAUGCUCAUGAGGACCUGUCUGACAAUGAGGAGCCAUUCCCCAAGGAGAUCACCAAAUGGAGCUCAGAUGACCUUAUGGACAAGAUUGAAACCCCUGAAUCAGAUGCCCCUGUGAUCACUGCUCCCCCAUGGGCAGAGUUGCGUGAGGUCACAAGUCCGGCAGUCCUUGACAAUCUGUACACUGAGCCAACAGCCAACGAAUAUUCGGAAGCUGGCAACGUGGAGCAGCUGAACAUUGCCGAGGAUGAGGCCGGCCCUCCGCUGGUGCAGCCCUCUAAGAUCCACGUCUUGCUGCUGGUGCUACAUGGUGGGAACAUCCUGGACACAGGGGCUGGGGACCAGAGCUCGAAACAGGGUGAUGUCAACACCAUCGCCACAGCAUUUGACACAGUCAUGCGCGUGCACUACCCCGCUGCCCUCGGCCGUAUCACCAUCAAGCUGGUCCCCUGCCCGCCCAUCUGCUCGGAAGCCUUUUCCCUCGUCUCCAACCUGAGCCCCUACAGCUAUGAUGAAGGCUGCCUCUCCAACAGCCAGGACCACAUCCCUCUUGCAGCCCUGCCCCUGCUGGCAACCUCCUCACCCCAGUACCAGGAGGCAGUUGCCAUGGUGAUUCAGCGGUCUAAUCACGCCUACAGUGAAUUCCUCAAGUCUCAGGAUGGCAUGACCUUCAAUGGGCAGGUCUGCCUGAUAGGGGACUGUGUCGGAGGGAUCCUGGGAUUCGAUGCCUUAUGCUACAGCAACCAAACUGUCUCAGAAAGCCAGAACAGCAGCCGCCGAGGAAGUGUGGACACUGACCUCUUGUCUCCUGGGAUCCUGGUGAACAACACACACUGCUCUGGGGGUGGCAGCAGUGGCAGUGGUGGUGGUGGUGGCGGUACUGGCGGCAGCGGGAGCUCCAGUGGCGGCGGCGGCAGUGGCAGCGGUGGCAGCUCCAGCCUGGAGAGCAGCCGUCAUCUGAGCCGAAGCAACAUUGACAUCCCCCACAGCAACGGGGGCGAGGACCCCAAGAAGCAGCUGCCCAGGAAGAGGAGUGAUUCGUCCACUUACGAAGUGGACACUAUAAAGCAACAUCAGGCCUUCCUCUCCAGCCUACACUCCAGCGUGUUGCGGAACGACCCCAGCUCCCGUCGGUCAAGCAGCUCCACCAUGCUGGACGGGACUGGAAGCCUUGGAAAGUUUGAAUUUGAGAUCUCGGACUUCUUCCUCUUUGGCUCCCCCUUGGGGCUGGUUCUGGCCCUAAGGAAGACGGUCAUCCCAGCCCUGGACGUCUUUCAGCUUCGGCCCGCCUGCCAACAAGUCUAUAACCUCUUCCAUCCUGCGGACCCCUCGGCCUCCCGUCUUGAACCUCUCUUGGAGAAGAGGUUCCAUGCCCUGCCCCCUUUCAACAUCCCCCGCUACCAGCGCUUCCCCCUGGGUGAUGGCUGCUCGACCCUGCUGGUCGAGACAGUUCAGAACAACCCUGUACUCCUCCUGGAGGGCAGCCCCCUGGCUACCCUCCAGCACCAGGACAGCUUCAUGGAAACCAGUAUCCCUGUUCCUGUGCUGAGCUGCCAAGAUGGGUCCAGGAAAAGUUCUGGCUGUGCUGAGUCCGAUGUCAUCCAAUCCCACAAUGCUGUCUUCAUGGAGAAUGCAUCCCCUUCCUCUCCCGGCACAGCCCCCACUUUCCGUGGCUUCCGCCGGGCCAGUGAGGUCAGCAUCACCAGCCAAGUGUCUGGCAUGGCAGACAGCUACACUGCCACCAAUAUCGCCAAUAAGACCCAGUCGGCCCUCAGUCACACCCCCAGUGUCAGGCGCCUGUCCCUGCUUGCCCUCCCCCAGCAGCCCCCGGCCACCCCGGUGCCCCAGAGGCCCAGGCCUCAGCCAGGGGAGCUGCCCCUCAGGCCUGUAAGAGAGAGGUUGGCGGGGGACCUGAGUCCAAGCCUGGACCGAGUCCCCAACCUGGACAUCGGAGAAGUUGCCGCCAAGUGGUGGGGAACAAAGCGCAUCGACUAUGCCCUGUACUGCCCGGACGCCCUCACUGCUUUCCCUACCGUCGCCCUCCCCCACCUCUUCCAUGCCAGCUACUGGGAAUCCACCGAUGUGGUCUCCUUCCUGCUGAGACAGGUCAUGAGGCAUGAAAACGCCAGUAUCUUGGAGCUGGACGGCAAGGAAGUGUCUGUGUUCACCCCAUCAAAGCCCAGGGAAAAGUGGCAGAGGAAAAGAACCCACGUAAAGCUGCGGAAUGUUGCUGCUAAUCACAGGAUCAACGAUGCCGUGGCCAAUGAGGAUGGUCCUCAGACCCUGACGGGCAGGUUCAUGUACGGGCCCUUAGACAUGGUCACCCUGACGGGCGAGAAGGUGGACAUCCACAUCAUGACUCAGCCACCAUCCGGGGAGUGGGUCCACUUUGACACGCUCAUCACCAACAGCAGCGGGCGCAUCUCCUACACCAUCCCUGAGGAGCAGCGUCUGGGCGUCGGUGUCUACCCCAUCAAGAUGGUGGUCAGGGGGGACCACACAUUCGCCGACAGCUACAUUACCGUCCUACCCAAGGGGACCGAGUUUGUAGUCUUCAGCAUUGAUGGCUCCUUUGCCGCCAGCGUCUCCAUCAUGGGUAGUGACCCCAAGGUGCGAGCAGGUGCUGUGGAUGUAGUAAGACACUGGCAGGACCUCGGCUACCUCAUCAUCUAUGUGACAGGAAGGCCCGACAUGCAGAAGCAGCGGGUAGUAGCCUGGCUAGCACAGCACAACUUCCCUCAUGGGAUCGUCUCCUUCUGUGAUGGCCUCGUACACGACCCUCUGCGGCAUAAGGCCAACUUCCUGAAGUUCCUCAUCACCGAGCUCCACAUGCGGGUGCACGCUGCCUACGGCUCCACCAAGGACAUCUCCGUCUACAGCUCCAUAAGCCUGUCCCCCAUGCAGAUCUACAUCGUUGGCCGUCCCACCAAGAAACUGCAGCACCAGUGCCAGUUCAUCACCGAAGGUUACGCUGCCCACCUUGCUCAGCUCAAGUACAACCACCGAGCCCGGCCAGCCAAGAACAGCACCCGGAUGGCUCUGCGGAAAGGCAGCUUCGGCCUGCCGGGCCAAGGUGACUUCCUCCGCAAACGGAACCACCUCUUGCGGACCAUCUCCUCCCAGCCCGCCGGGCCUAGCCACAAGCACGAGCGGACGCAAAGCCAGUCGGACAGCGAGCGGGAACGCGAGCGGGAGCGGGGUCAGCGGAGCAUGAGCGUGGCCACCGGCUGCUGGGGCCGCCGGCCAGAGGUGGGGGCCCCCCCAGGGCCCAAGUAGAGGUGCCUGCCUCCCCCGCGCCACUCCCAGUAGCCGACCCUGGAGCGGCCCCAGUGCGGGAGGUGUCACCAUGGUGCUAGGAGGCGAGGGGGACAGAGCCAGCAGGCUGUGGGUCCUGGGCAGGUGCCAGCCUGCAAGAGGACUAAGAGGCCGGAGCUGAAGAUCGCAGGCCCCUCCUCGGGGCAGUCUUGGCUCAGGCCUCGGGCAUUUUGCUGCUUCUGCCACAGACAAGCACAGGACAUGGCCUGUCUCUGUUCCCAGGGAUGGGGGACACCAAGCGGUGACUCCGGUCCCCUUCGACCCGGGGGGCUUUCCUGACAGCCCCCCACAGAGAGGCCCAGCCAGCCUCCUCUAACCACACCUUGCCCAAGAAGCAGGGCCUGCCCCUGACCUGCGGGGAGAAUGGGUGCCCCUAACCUGCUGCCUUGAAGGUGGGAGGUGGGGACACCGUCCCCCAGACUUUUCAGUGGGGCUCUGUUCCUGACGUUUUGGAGCUUUGGGUCUUUGGUUCUCUCAGCAGCUGGCAGCAUCCUGCAUCUGCCAACAAAUGCAGGGAAAUCACCCCCUCCCCCACCCCCACUGCCGGGGGAGCCCCUGAGAAGAGCCCCUCCAACCUGCUGCUCUCUGCCCCGCCCCCACCGCCAUGUAUAGUCUCACCAAAGCCCCGCAACUCAUUCACCCCAAGCACUGGAGAUGACCCAGCUAUGUGCAUUCUCUGUAAUCCGGGUGCAGGGUUGGAGGCGUCCCCCCUCCCCCACCCCCAGCCCCCUUCGCCCUGAGUUCUCUCCAGACACAGUAGCAGCUCCCCGGGAGUCCGACCUGCUUCUUUUAACUCCUCACUCAACUGUAAAACCUCAUCGUUUUUGCACUGAUGAUCUUUAGGAUGGAGACCUGUUACCAUCUCAUGUGGCUACACAUCGCUGUUGGUAGUGCAUGACCAUUAAAUAUUUGCUGAUCCGGGGUAGAGUUCUGUGCAGCUUUGUUUGGGUUUGUUGCUUUGGGGUUUGUUUUUUUUUUUUUGGUUUUGUUUUUUGGACAGUAAGGAGACCCAAAUGUAUACCAAGUCUGUUGUACAAAGUUUAAGGAAAAGGCCAUAUCUUUAUUUCUGCAGCUCUUCCUGUCACCAAGGGCCCGGGCCAGGCACCAGGUCACCCCCCGCCCCCCAGCUCCUCCCUCUCCUCUGCCCACCUGGCCUCCUCCAGCUCUCUGCAGCUCAUUUCUCUCUGACCAGCAGGGAAGAGGGCGGGGGAGCCUCUUGGGUCCAGACCAGCCAUGAGCCUGGCAUCUCUUGCUCAGGGCGCCUGCCCCGAGCAGCAGGCCAGGGUCUGGGCACCUGAGGCCCCCAACGCCCACCUCCAGGCCAGAGAGCGGAGAGCUUGGGGAUGGGGGUGCUGGGAAGAGAGCAGCCGGACACAGGUUUUCCUCUCUCUGAAACCAGAUUAUUGGCCAAGCCCCCACUUUCCACACUGUUGCUGCUGCUGCUGCUGCCUACUGCAGUGAAUUAUAUUUCUAUUCCUUUCUACGUCAGUGAUUUGAUUUCUAAAAGGGUUGGGUUGUUUGGUCUUUUUUCUUUUUUAAAGAAGAAAACUUGGCUGCUUUUGGUUUUCUUAACUCUUUCAAUACCAAGGGCAGCCCUCUCUGCUUUGUGAAAACCUAGCACUGUGAAAGCAGCCUGCUUUGGGGGGCUCUGGGCCUUGCCACUGUCUCCCAGGCCUAGAGAUGCCCUGUCUCCUGGUGAUUGGAGCCUCACUCCAAAGGAUUUCCUCCUAUUACUUCCAAACUCUCACUCAAUUUCUACUCUCUCAACGGGGCUUUAGGGGCAGGUGGGAGGGGCACAUACAGAUUUUUAAAACACAAACUGUUUUGAAGCGAAAAUUGGGACUGUCAGGUCCCAGCCGCUGACCAACCACCCCUGCAGCACCUUUGCCAGUUUCUACUAAUGAAAUCGGACCUCCCCUUUCUAACUAAUCAACUUUUUCGACGUGUUGCCUUGAUCUCAUCUCCACCAGACUACUGGCACCCAUGUGGAUUCUUCUCAAGCUUUGCCAUUUAUGCCAGUAGCCAACAGAGAAGGCCACCUUUGGCUGGAGGAGCUGACCAAGCUGAGAACCAGGUUCUUGGGAAGAAAUUAAUUUAACAUCUGGAUAUGGCCUUUGUCCAGUGCCCAGCCGCUGACUGGGGCUGGCUGGUCCUUUCUGUACAUUUUGUCUGGGAGGGGCGGGGGGAGGGUAUGAAAAGAUGUGGACAUUUUCUCUUGUGUAGAUAUUGUAAAGAGGAAAAAAAGUAUCUUGUAAAUGUUCAGAAAAGUGGUAUAUACAGAGUGAAAGUUAUUUAUUUUGUGUAGGGAAAAUGUCUGGAGGAAAGAGAACCUUCAGGGCUUAUUAACAUUUAAGAUGUAGCUUCCUUUUGUUGUUUCAAGCGUUCUGUACAAAGCACUUGUUUUAUGGACCAAGUCCAAUGUUACCUGUCUCUGAAGAAGGCAAUAUCUAACUCGCCCCCCUCACCACCGCCAACUCCCCCUCAGCCUGACAAUCACAGCCUUGGGGAGGAGGGGACACACACACAUGCCCCCUGCUCUGCUCCUCCCUCAGAACGUUUCCAAUUGUUCGGGGGGGGGGGAGGAAUCCUCCUUGAGCCAAGGCUCAGACCCUGAUUGCAAUAACGGAGGCCAGAGGAGACCGCCAUGAGCCUGCGCCAGCUCUCGACUGGCCCCUCUCCUCCUGACUAAGCCACAGCCAUUGCUCCCGAGGCUGUACCUUCUGCCAUCAGCUCUGCUGCAAACUCAGCCUUGAAGGCUGCCCCCGUCCCCACCCACCUACGCCAAGGACAAGAGCAAUAGCACCAGCCUCCAUCUGUCUCGGCCUCACUGGGCUAAAUCCUGUUUUCCCUGCACAGCAAUUUGUCCAGUGUGAAUGCACAGGCCGGAACCAGGCCCCUCCGUGGCGGAAGGAGAGAUGAGCAAACGUUUGUCAGUGUUUUCCCACCGGAAUUAGGGAGCCCUCCCUUCUUCCUUUCCGUAUCACUUUCGAUUCCAUGAGGUAUAUUUGCUGUUGAUAAAGCUUUUUUUUUUUUUUUUUUGGAAACACUGAUUUUUUAAAUACCAAAAAAAAAUGUUUACAGCAUCAGAAAACAACCAGUCAUAACCAAAAACCCUACUAAGUACCACAUCUUCCCCGGGCAGGGAAGCAGCCCCUUCCCACACCAACCAUCAAGUAACUGCACCUCCGCUCACUGUCCAAGCAUAUGUAGAAGCCUUACUCCCCUUCUCUUCUCCUUCCUUGUGGGACACCUCAUUCCCAAGUGUCAAUUUGAUAUUCAAUCAUCUCCAUCCCAUUUUAUUUAUAACGAAGCGUUUCUUAGGGAUGCAGCUAAAACACACGACUCCUUCCAGGCCCACCCCCUUGGGGGCACCCCUGGCUCAGAAGCCAGUCGGCCACAUCCCAGUUUCAUCUCUUCGAUUCCGUCUGUGUGUCGGCAUCUUUUGGCUCGUAUGUGAGAGACCAUCCACUUAUUUCUCCUUGCUGUCUGUCAGUGCAUUGUUUGAUGCCUGGGUGUGUAUACUCUGUACGCAAUAUCACUGUAUGUUACAUGAAUAAAGGGAAGGCUUCUUU